AUGGCAGCAGCAGAGGACCACGAUGACUCUUCGGUCACUCGAAUCUACGUGUCAGGACUCCCGCCAUCGACGACCAAAGACCAGGUGCGGUCACAUUUUGCGGCACGAGGAAAGUACACCGUCACAGAUGCUCAUGUCAUUCCAGACCGCCGCAUGGCCUUUGUAGGCUUCUCGACUAAUGAACAGGCCAAGAGCGCCGUUCAGUAUUUCAACAAGUCCUUCGUUCGCAUGUCGAAGAUCUCUGUCACCCUAGCUAAGCCCGUCCAAGUCAGGCGCGAUGAGAAAGGCCAGGCGGUACCUGUGUCGGAACGUGGUUCGAGGAAGAGGAAGCGCCAUGUCCAAGAUGAUGGCGAGCACACCCGGCAGCCCCCAAUCAGCCAACCCACAAAACCUGCCACUGAAGCGAGUUCCAAGCUAGGCGCUGAGUCAAAGACUGUCCUUGAAGAGGAGGAACCUCGAUCACAAGAACAACCAUUAGAGGAAGAACUUGGUGAUAAUGACGCUCCAGAAGCGCCGAGGUCAGACAUGGAUUGGCUGCGACGGAAAACAAACAGAACACUGGACUUGGUGGACGAAACCGAAACUGGCAAGGACAGAUCAAAGGCACUUCACCCUGAGGUUGUCGAUACUCGCACUGCGGACACGACAGUAGCGGAAAUCAAGGCCGGCGAGACCGAUGAUCAAGACACAGAACCUCUACAGGAACCGUCUAUACCUGUGCCCAACGCUCGAUUGUUUGUCAGGAACCUUCCUUUUGAUACACAAGAAGACGAUCUCCGAGCCGUCUUUGCUCCGUUUGGUAGAAUCUCAGAAGUCCAUCUGGUGACAGACACUCGAAAAUCCACCGGUAAAGGGCUUGGCUAUGUACAGUUCGUGGAGCCAGUGGAUGCGGGAAAGGCUCUUGUCGCCCUCGAUGGCAAGGACUUCCGAGGCCGGUUGAUGCACAUUCUCCCAUCUUCUGACAAGAAGACCCAGAAGCUCAGCGAGUUCGAAAUAUCAAAACUGCCCUUGAAGCAACAAAAGGCUAUCAAGCGCAAAAAUGAGGCCUCGACUUCGACGUUCAGCUGGAACUCCCUAUAUAUGAACCCAGAUGCGGUUCUGGCAUCUGUCGCUACUCGUCUAGGUGUCUCGAAGGCAGAGUUGCUCGACCCUGCCUCGGCAGAUGCGGCUGUCAAACAAGCCCACGCGGAAACUAGCGUUAUCAAGGAGACCAAGGACUAUCUAAAGUCCAAUGGUGUGAAUAUUGACGCCUUCAAGAACCGGUCACGGGACGAUCGGACGCUACUACUGAAGAACUUCUCCUUCGGUACCACCGCGGAGGAAAUGUCCCAGAUGCUCGCCCAGUACGGGACUGUCGAGCGUCUGCUUUUCCCGCCAACAGGUACCAUGGCGGCCGUCCGGUAUCGUGAGAGUAGCGAGGCUUCCUUGGCGCUAAAACAGCUGGCAUAUCGGAAUCUAAGAGGCUCCGUACUCUUUCUCGAAAAGGGUCCAGCUGGCCUCUGGGACGGUCCUGUGCCGGCAGCAACCGCGGAAUCAGCAAAUUCCAAGGGAGACGAAACCGAUGGCGUCGUUGCCACGACCUUUACGGUUUUCGUGCGCAACUUAAAUUUCUCGACCACCUCAACCAGACUUGUGGAGGCGUUCAAACCACUGUCCGGAUUCCUCUCCGCACGAGUCAAGACAAGGACGGAUCCCAGCCGGCCGGGCGAAAUUCUCAGCAUGGGCUUUGGCUUUGUCGAGUUUCGCACCAAGAGCCAAGCGGAUGCGGCAAUCGCAACGAUGAAUGGAAGACGGCUCGACGGGCACGAGCUUCUUGUUCAGACGUCACAGAAAGCCACAGAUCUCGGCGAGGAGAGGCGCAAAGAAGACACGGCCAAAAAGCUGAACUCGGCAAAGACGAAAAUCGUCAUCAAGAACUUGCCCUUCGAAGCCACCAAGAAGGAUGUUCGCGCCCUGUUCAGUUCAUACGGCCAGCUCCGCACUGUACGAAUGCCCAAGAAGUUCGACAAUACUGCGCGCGGAUUUGCGUUUGCCGACUUCCUUACGGCUAAGGAAGCCGAAAAUGCCAUCGAGGCCCUUUCAAACACUCAUCUGCUAGGCCGUAGGCUGGUACUUGACUUUGCAGAGGGCGAGAUUGUCGACCCCGAAGCAGAGAUCCGAGCCAUGGAGAAGAAGGUCCAGGGUCAUCAGGAUACGCUAACUCACCAUAGGAUGACUGGAUCGUCUCGAAAGAAGUUCAACGUCGAUGCACGAGAAGACUUCGACCCCCUCUAG